GUGUCCGCGCCAAGGAGGGGCCACUGUCCAAAUUAUUCGUUAACAGUCGAGAGCAGUUAUGUCCAGAUGAACUCUCAUCUCGCUCUCGGUCUGUUAACAGUCUCCACCCCCGCUCUCCUAGCAUUAGAUUUAAGUAGAGUUAAGGAGUUAUAAUUUCGAAGCCCCUAAGUGAAGUUGUGCAAGUUAUGUGAAAUAAGUUAUAUUGAAAUAAAAAUCAAAGUGAAUAAAAAGGAACCCAACGAGUCGCCAUUUCCUUCAUCACCUCCAAGGGCAGAAAUCCGCCACCCCCCCCAGCUUUUAAUUUUUUGGUCCUUCGGCCGGAUCGAUCUGCAAUUCCCAGCGGCACCGGUGGAUUUUCUUCAAUUUUAAGAACAAAAAGAUAACAUUAAAACCAUGGCUCCACGACCUCGCAGCGCCCAAACUCUGGACGACAGACGUUCCCGAGGUACUCGAUCCUACCGCUGCCGAGUCUGUCGGGGAAUCCAUCCGCUACGGAAAUGCAACAGGUUUCUGAGGCUCAGUACUGAAAAGCGGCUACGCGCCGUUAUCAUUAACAAAUACUGCGCUAAUUGCCUGGCACAUCAGCACUCCGAAGAAGUAUGUCGCAGCGGAGACACGUGCAAAAAAUGUGGGCAGGACCACCACACGUUGCUCCAUAUGCGCGAGUCUUCCAGUUCGCGACGCCAGUCAAUUUCUCCAGUGCGACCUUCGGUAACUGCAUCACGACCAUCAGCUCCGGCUCACGCUCUCGGGGUCCAACACCCAGCUCGCGGAAUCGUUCCCAGCAUUCCGACCAGGCCGAAGCGCCAACUGCAGCUCCAUCUGUGGCGUCUCUGUUGCAGCAUCGGAGUGUGCAAAUCAUCCCGACGGCCAUCGUGGUUCUCGACACAGGAACCAAUAAAUACGAGACGGGUGCCCUGAUCGACCCGUGCUCCCCGGUGAGCACCAUUGAUAGAUCGCUCGCUGCGGCGUUCCGGCUCCCCACGACAAGCGUCGGAGACGAGACGGUCUGUUCGGCGACGAUAAGGUCACGAACAGGCACCUUCAAAAUCGACGUGGUGCUCAAGGUCAGCCCCAACUUCUCCACUCGCACUCCAAUCCGUGCACUAGCCGACGAUGUUCGCGCUAGGUUUAAUGAUAUCCGUCUUGCUGAUGAACAGUUUCAUCGCCCGGCGACGAUAUCCCUGGUGUUGGGCUCUGACGUCUAUCGUGACGUCAUCCAACCCGGGUUCCUAAAUCUGGAUGAGGGGCUGCCUGUCGCACAAAGCACUGUGUUCGGCUGGAUUGUCUCGGGAUCCUGUAGACAAUCUUAAGGCGCCAGACGUGUGGAAAACUUGGUUGCUACGUUUGCCGUCGCAAGGGGGGGAGAAUGUCCGCGCCAAGGAGGGGCCACUGUCCAAAUUAUUCGUUAACAGUCGAGAGCAGUUAUGUCCAGAUGAACUCUCAUCUCGCUCUCGGUCUGUUAACAGUCUCCACCCCCGCUCUCCUAGCAUUAGAUUUAAGUAGAGUUAAGGAGUU